UUAUAGCCAAUGUUUUGUAUAUAUAUAAUGUAUUUCUCUUUUAUAUACAUUUGUGGUUGUGUGUUUCAUAUGUCAAAAUUUAUUAGGUAAACCUUUUUUAACCAUCGGCAGUGAAUUACUUACUGUAAUUACAACCAACACAAACUACUGGAAGACUUAAAUCAUAUUACAAACGUUUCAUUUUUUAAAAUUUGACUGUCAACAAUAUUCCAUUUUCAUACAUGCGGAACAGCAGCGUCUAUGAAUAUAUAACCGAAGCUGAAGAGGGCGCUUUUUCAGCAAACAACAGCAUUAUAGUAGUAGAAGAAGAAACACGCGCAUGCGCAUAACCAAAGGAGCGGCCUAUUUUCAAAUGGAACGGCGGGCAGCAUUUGAGCAACGUUAGCAAGAAGAACAAAACGACGAGUUUUUGUUUGUAAGUGAAAAAUAAAUAAUUAAGUAAAAGACGUUAAAGCAACGUACACAAUGACUAGCACAUUGAAAGGCAUUACUCUUAAAGGAAGCGCGGAGCUUGUGGCUGACUUCUUUUCUUUUGGCAUCAACAGCAUCUUGUACCAGCGUGGGAUCUAUCCUCCGGAGAAAUUCACCAGAGUCAGUCAGUAUGACAUGAGCCUGCAGGUCACCUCGGAUCCUGACCUCAAGAAGUAUCUUGACAGUGUGGUGUCACAGCUUAAAGAGUGGCUACUCAACUGUACAGUGCAGAAGCUGGUCUUGGUGGUCACGUGUCUGGAAACGGACGAGGUCUUGGAGCGCUGGCAGUUUGACAUCGAGUGCGACAAGUCGGUCACUGAGUGCAGUGCCCCCAGAGAGAAGCCCAUUCAAGCCAUCCAGGGCGAAAUCCGCUCCGUCCUCCGACAGAUCACCGCCUCUGUGACCUUCCUGCCCUUGUUGGAGACGCCGUGUGGCUUUAACCUCCUGAUCUACACCGACAAAGACCUGGCCAUUCCCGAAAAAUGGGAGGAGUCCAGCCCGUAUCACAUCCGCGAACCAGAAGAGGUUCGCCUACGUUCCUUCACCACCACCAUCCACAAAGUCUGCAGUCUGGUGACUUACAAGAAGACGGGCCCGUUUUAAACGCUGGAGGUGGGCAAGAACACAAACUUGAGGAACCUACAAACAACCAUGAAACAAUAAUAAACCUUAUUUUUUUGCUAUA